GUAUUGAUUCCAACAAAAAAACACCCGCGAUAUAUUAUAACGUUAACUAAAUUGACUCAUCACUUCCGCGGCUCAUUAUUUAUGGAAAAUAUUUAGUCGUGAAAUAAAAAAAAUAAAAUGAAAGUUAGUCCAAGUGAUCAAAAUUCAACGGUAGUACAAAAUCAAUCUUCAGAACCAGAAAAUGUCGUGAAUAACGAAACAGAUUUCGAAUGGGCGAUUCAUUAUCACCGGAAAGUGUUGAAAUUCUGUGGGAUAUGGAUCUAUUCGAAUUCAAAUAGAUGGUAUUUGAAAUUAAUAACAGAUUUACACUCGCUAUUUAUUAUCGGGGGUGUGCUUAUUUGUUUGACGACACCUGAAGCAAUGGCUUUGGUCAAAAUUUGGGGAAACUUGACCCUAAUUGUUGAUAAUUUGUUAUCCUCGGCGGCUCUUAUCAGCACGCAGAUAAAGCUCUUUGUUUUGUGGACCAGAAGAAAAGCUAUUGCUAGGAUUGUCGAUGCUGUCAAAAGUGAUUGGCUCGAACCAAAAACCGAGGCUGAGAGAAAAAUAAUGAGAAGAUAUGCCAGGAUCGCUAGAAUAAUGAUGGUUUGCGGGUUGUCAAAUAUUGCAUAUAAUCUUAUAACAUUUCACGGCAGUGUUUUAUUCGGAUUCGUAUACCGCACAGUCAAUAAUAUAACAGACAUAGAGGGAUAUUUGAUUCCGACCCAAUCAUAUUUUCCAUUCGACAUAACUAUUGGGUACAGAUGCUGGAUUAUUAGAAUAGUCCAAGCGCUUCAAUGUUUCGGGGCUGGGAUAACUUAUACUGCGAUUGAUGUUUUUUGCGGGAUGUCUGUACUACAUAACUGCGGACAGUUGGAAAUUCUUGCCGACAAAAUAAAGGAUCUGGUUAAUCCUGAUGAGCCGCGAGUGUUUCAAGAAUUGUUGAAGACUAUUGUUCUGAGACACUAUCGUAUAAUCGGCUUGAUUGAAGAAAUAAGAAAUAUAUUUGCUACGGUCCUUUUACUACUUGUUCUUUGUUUCGGAAUACUUUUUAGUGUCAUAGGAUUUCUCAUUGCAAGUUCAUUCGAGAGUGACGGAACUAAAGUACCGGUAUCUCAAAUGAAUUUUUACAUUGGCUAUAUUCUUUUUUUUGUUGGCCUCUUGUUUGUUUAUUCAUGGGUUGGUGAAAAUUUACUUUCCCACAGUGAAGAAAUACAUGUGGCGGUAUAUAGUUGUAAUUGGACGGAUCUUGAACCACAUCAAAUAGCCCAAUUGAUAAUUAUACUCGUACGUGCUCAGCGACCACUAGAAAUAACUAUCGGAAAAUUUGCUCCUGCAACACUAAACACUUUCGCACAAAUACUGAAAACUUCAGCGGGAUAUAUUUCCGUUCUUCUUGCUAGGAACGGUUAGAAAAAAAAAUAAUAUGGCAGUUAACGUACGAUUAGACAGCACAGAUGAAGAAAUAGCCAAGUUACCCAUCCAAAGGAACCCAUAUAAAAUCCGUAAAGUAAUAGUCUAUUACACUACAGAGUACAAUAUAACCUCGACGCCUGUGGAUUGGCUCACGAACUACUAGCGAGUGUUGCCAACACACGAGUGACGAAUUUCUACUCGGUAGCAUAUAGUAUUUAUUUUUUGCAUCGAAUUGUAAGAAAGCCAGUUAGUUGCGAUCAACUCAACACUUUGUAACAGUAAUAUAUGUAGUUGCUUAUUAUUUUAUUUUGCAAUAGAUUUAUUUUAUUAAAUUUAUAAAACUACUUAUUUAUUGGAAUCAUUAUAUGUCAUAUGUAUCAAGAACUCUACAAAUAGUUUUACUGUUGGCUUUGAAAUCUUAAUAAAUAUAU